AUGGUGGACCAUCUCUGUCCCGGUCAGCGUUUUCAAUGCGACGACCCUUACCCAGGCCGCUGUGUCUGGGUUGAUCACGUCACCAAGUUAAAUCCUUUCCCGGUUGAGAGCCAGAAGACUACUCUUUGUAUGGGAGUGUAUGGGGCUUGGGAAACUGAGGAAAUCCGUCAACUUCUCAUAGACACGGUUGCUGCGGUUCUUAUCGGCUUCACAAACGAUGCUUAUACCAGCCCCAACUGCUACGAGUUCCCCGGCUCGAUGAUGUGCAACCUCCCAGACGGAGUUCGUGUCAACCUUCCCCCUCUCGACGGCGCCAAGGAAACACAUACCAACUACCUGCACGUCAAAUUGAUGAAGGGUGGUAAUGUUCAGCACGAAUUCCAUUGUUGCGAGACGCGCGACAAGGUUGAUGCGCAGCUCGACACGCUAUAUGACCGCAUCACCGGUAUCUUCCAUGAGGACUAUGGAAAGUUUCGGCUGACUAAUUGUAUGGUUCGUGGCUGGACGACCUGCGAACAAUGUUACGAUAGGUUUGAUCCUGAGAAGUGCAAGAGGUGUGGCAAAGGAUGCCAAAAGCUAGAUUAA